CUCAUAGACCUGUCAGAGUCGCUCGUGACACCUCGUCAGCUGUGAUGUAACCAAAACCUCCUAGUUACCGUCCUUCCCUCCGCUUUUAUCGCCUUCUCAGAGCGUUCGUUUUAGUGCCUAAAGUUAAGUUCAAUGUUUUGCGAUUUCGCAAGUAACCAGAGAUGAAUGCGAAAGACAUUUUGACGCGCGCGGUCGAAUAUGACGUUGCUGGCCGACGCUUGGAAGCCCUCAAACUUUACGAAGAUGGAAUCGAGGAGUUGCUCCAAAGUAGCAAACGCCAUGCCGAUCCAAACACGCGACUUCACUUCCGCAAAAGGAUCGAGGAGUACAUGGGUCGCGCGGAGAAAAUAAAGAAAGAAAUCUUGCGAUACUCGACGCUGGGCGAAAUCGUGGACCGGAUGCAUAUCAUGGAAGGCCUGACGGGCUACGACUAUGAGAGGAUAUUCGGGAAGUAUCUGAACCAGGACGUCCACGAGAUUGAAAUUGAGGAGCCGUACACAAAGGAGAACUACCAGCUCUUGAAUCUAGUGAAAUUCCUCGAGCUGGCCAUCAAAAAAUGCUUCAAUUUAAAGUUCGUGAAACUCUCGACUGGCAGGGACGAUCGACCCGGCAGUGAGCAGCAGAAGGCCCUCGAUUCGCUGCAGACAGACCUGAAAAAUCGGCUGAUAUCCUUCGUUGUUGAUUUCCGCACAAACAUGCACGACAGACAGAUCAUUUUAAGCAACGGUUUCAUCAUCAAAAUCGGCCGCGGUCUGCACAUCUUCAAGCCCACGGGGAGCAGGUACGUGAUUGGGUUCAUGGACUACCAUUUUAGGCAGUGCCUGGAGACCAACGUGGACAUCUUCAAGUGCAAGCAAAACAUUUAAUUAUUUUACACAGAGAUUUUUACAAUGACAUAUAUUUUCAAAGAUUUUGUAUAAGAAAUAAAGUUUUUACUGGAGAAAGUUGAAAUUAUU